AUGAAUUUUCCAAUCAUUGCAUAUUUACUUAUUAUUGCCAAUUUAUUGCAUUCUGUACAAUGCCUUCAAUGCUAUGAAAGUGUUGGAAACAUUUCUUUUCCAAAGAUUUGUUCGCCAAAACAAAAAGAACAUGAAAUGUGUUUUGCUUCUAAAAUUGGAGUUGAAGGACUUUGUGUCAGAGGAUGUUCCUUCGAAACUCUCCAUUAUGGUUCAUAUGAAUAUAGCUUAAAUUGUUCCGAUGCAAUAUGCAUGAAAGAUUUAGGAUGUUGUUGUAAAGGUAAUCUUUGCAACAGUCAAUGUUCCAAUGAAGCAGCAACGAUCGGAUACUGUACACUUUUGGUUCUGCAGUGUUAUAUAUUUGGAAAACAUCAAAGCAAGAACCGGAAUAAUUUUAAGCAAGAACCGGAUUUAAUACCUACAAAUAUACAAGUAUCAUCAAACUAA